CCGGCCGAGUGCCAUCGUCUACCGCUGAGCAGCGCGCGAGGUCAACAUUUCCCAGCAAGCACCGGGGCUCAUGGGGAGAGGAACGCCAUUUUCAGAAGCUGUAUCGGAACUAGCUUGUUCGCCUACUUUGUCGCCGAGUGAUGUGUCCGCGGAGCUCCUCGUAAAUUCUGAUGCUCGCCUUUGUUUGCGAGCGGCGUGAGCGUCGCGAAAAUCCCUUCAUCGAAGUGAUGCUCAUUACGUGAUCUCUGCCGUGGUCGUCGUCAGGCAUAGCCCAGCCGUCCACCAUUAGGCACCGUCCUGCGGAAACGUCUCUGCUGUGUCGCGGAUUCCAGCCUUGUGCUCAACUCCCGCAGCAAUGAGCAGUCGGAUUCCGUCUGACAAGGUGGACAGCACAAUGGGCUUCUGCUCAUCAGGAGAAGGCACCGGUGAUUGCGUGAACCUGCGGCUGAUCUUGGUCAGUGGCAAGACCAAGGAGUUUGCCUUCAGCCCGAAUGACUCGGCCGCCGAGAUUGCCCAGCACGUGUUUGACAACUGGCCCCAAGAGUGGUCUGACGAGGCCGUGUCCAAGGCAGAGAUCCUGCGCCUCAUCUAUCAAGGACGCUUUCUACACGGCAAUGUGACCUUGGGCGCACUGCAGCUGCCCCUGGGCAAGACCACUGUGAUGCAUCUUGUACCCAGGGAGAACCUGCCAGAGCCCAACUCUCAAGACCAGCGCCAGAAGAGCAAAGAACGAAGCAGUGGCUGCUGUAGCGCCAGCUGCUCCAUACUGUGAACUCCCCUGGACCAUCGUCGGCCCUGUACAUAGCCUGAACAAAGAAUAAAAACGGACGCUCUGUGCGGCGACUACCGUGCGUGCGUGUGCGCGUUCGCUGAACAACACGCAUGCCCCCCACCCCCCCACUUCCACCCCGAGUGCAACCAGUGGAAAUGUGUGGCGUGGUAACGAUCCCCAACUUGGUAGGCUGUUCCUCCCAAGGUGUACCACCAGGCUAGUCUCUUCCACCAUGUUCGUCUCAAACGGGAAGCAGCUAGCACAGCAAGUGACUGCAAUGAAGAGGUGCUCGUGAAGCAGCCACUGACUGUUCUUGUGGUGUUCGUCUAGCACCAGCGUUGGUUCCAGUUUCUAGGACUGCUGCGGUGUGGAAGUUACCCACUCAUUAUCCCAGAGGCCAGAACCAGCAGCGUCUUCAAGCAAAGCUGGUGCAGAAGCCCAUGUCUGUUAAAGUGCCGAGCGGACCUGUUCUUUUGAUCAAGGCUGGUGGUCUGUCUGUGCCCGUCAUAAAUUCACUCAGUGUUGCACACGGGUGUCAUAGCCGCGGUGGUGCUCUGAAAGUAAAGUCUGGACACACCCUGAAA